AUGCAGGACAAGACCUACCAGUCUGUGAUGUACGGAGAUGAUGCUACAGAGAUUUCUGCCAAAAUAUUUGAAGUAAGUAAAAUACCGACAUCUCAGUUAUAGGCAAUGUACAUUUUAUACCGUAAUUUAUUACUAGAAUAUGAAGGCUAUCAUUUCAAAAAUAUCGAAAUAUUUAUUGUACUGUACAUUUUUGAUUAAACAUAUAUUUUAUUCUGGGUUUGGAGCAGAUUCAAAGUUAGCUUUCAAAUGAAUAAUCUGACUAAGAAUUCAGUCUGUAGAUGUGGUAGUGUAGACCAGAUCAUAAUACAGUACUGUUCUGAUGUUGCCACAGUGGGCUCUACAAGGUGACUCGGCAGCAUUGAAAAAGCACUCAGCCCACCUAGGGGUCCGUGACUAUGCCAAUGCCAGCCCUCUGCACUAUGCUACCUCACACGGGCACAUUAGCACCAUACAGCUCAUUGUGCAGUUGACUGGUCCAGAUGGUAAGACUUACGUAUUUACUUAUGUAUUUAUGUUAAUAUUAUUAUUAUAUUAAUACAACUUGAAACUUGAAACUAUGUAUUUCUUUAUGCAGUGGUAACACGGGUCAUAGGGAAUAUCUUCCUUGAAACAUCAUAUUUUUUUGUGCCAUAUUGUUCCAUAAAUCUUUUUAAAAAAGUUGUAUCAAUCAUAUGGCGCAGUGGUCUAAGGCACUGCAACGCAGUGCUAACUGUGCCACUAGAGAUCCUGGUUCGAAACCAGGCUCUGUCGUAGCCGGCCGCGACCGGGAGACCCAUGGGGCGGUGCACAAUUGGCCCAGCGUCAUCCAGGGUAGGGGAGGGAAUGGCCGGCAGGGAUGUAGCUCAGUUGGUAGAGCAUGGCGUUUGCAAUGCCAGGGUUGUGGGUUCGAUUCCCACAGGGGGCCAGUAUGAUUUAUUUUUAUUUUUAUAAUAAUAAUGUAUGCACUCACUAACUGUAAGUCGCUCUGGAUAAGAGUGUCUGCUAAAUGACUAAAAUGUAAAAAAAAAUAUGGUAUUGAUGUAUUGAAAAAAAAAAGAUCUCUAUCUGUGACCUUGGUGAAGAACUGAGUGCCAGUGAUGAGGAGGGCAACACUGCAUUGCACUGGGCUGUGCAGAGGACCCAGAGAGAGAGCUGUGCUUGCCUGCUGGACCUGGGAGCCAACCCGAACAUCCUUAACCUCAGCCUCAUGUCUCCCCUACACCUGGCUGUCAGCCUCGGGCAGAACUCUCUCAUUGAGGUCCGUCCCCUACCGUCACCUCUACUCUAGUACACCGCAAUUAUAACACACCUCUAUUCUUUAAUACAACACUAUUAUACUUCUAGACUUCUAGCUAGCUCACCUCUAUGUAGGAUACUAUUAUUUAUUCAGUCUAACAUAUAUUAUAUAAUAUUAGCGGUGGCAGUUAGCCUAGUGAUUAGAGCGUUGGGCCAGUCACCGCAAGGUUGCUGGUUUGAAUCCCAGGACCGACAAGGUGAAACAUCUGUCAUUGUGCCCUUGAGCAAGGAACUUAACCCUAAUUGCUCCUGUAAGUCACUCUGGAUCAGAGUGUCUGUUAAAUGACUAAAAUGUAAGAAGAAAAGUCUGAUGUAUAUGAUACAAUAUUAUAUGUAAUUGUGUUUUUCCACAGCUGUUACUGUCUCACAGCAACACCGAUGCCAACCUGGAGGGAGACCUGGGAAACACACCUGUAAUGUUGGCCUGCUGUGUUGAUAACCAUGAAGCUCUCCGUCUACUUGUGUGUGAAUAUUGAAUAUAUGGCCACUGUAUAAUUUUCAAAUUGUGUGAUCUUCCAUGUUUGAACAAGGAGACAUGUGUGAUUAAUUGUUCAUUAUUGGUGUCCUACAUUAGUGCUUUUGUAAUGUAACUCCUACCAACGGCACUAAUUUCCCCUGCUGUUCUCAGUUUAAAUACGGAGCCAGACUAUGUCAACAGAACAAGCUGGGGCAUUAUCCCAUUCACGCAGCAGCCUUUGCAGGGGCAAAAAAAUCAAUGCAGGUGGUUCUUCAGAAAGGUAAAUAAGAAACAUAUGUCUCCGAGCCCCAAUGUCCCUCCUACUGAAGAUAAUGUUUUAUAUUUUGGUAAUGAAACGAUAUUCAUCACAUAAUUCUUACUCACUAAUUUUCUCUGCUGAAGGUGAGGAGAUGGGUUACUCAAUUGAAACGCACAUCAACUAUGUGGACAAAUCAUUCAGUACUCCUCUUCAUCUGGCCGUCCGUGGAGGCAACCUGGAGAUGAUCAAGCUCUGCAUAGAACAGGGAGCAAAAAUCGACCAACAACAGGUAUGUCAGCUGGUGAUGAUGAAGUUAAGAACCUUUUAAUAUGUAAAUAAUCAUUCAAACUGCACCUACAAAUAUCAUAUAACGUAUAUUCAUGUAUCUGGAUUUCAACAUCUAACAUAAAAAUAACUUUGGUUCUUUCUCAGAACCAUAGACAAAAGCAUAUAUUUCGAAGUGUAAUAAGACAAAUUAGAAACCUUAAUGAUCAUUUUCUUCCAACAGAAAACAAUGUAAAUAUCACAGGCAUUCAUUUGAAAGGUUCUUAGAACUGAGGUUAUUACAAUGUGGUACAGGAAGUACAUUUUUUUACAUUUUAGUCAUUUUAGCAGACGCUCUUAUCCAGAGUGACUUACAGUUAGUGAGUGCAUACAUUUCUUUUUCAUACUGGUCCCCUGUGGGAAACGAACCCACAACCCUGGCGUUGCAAACGCCAUGCUCUACCAACUGAGCUACACGGGGGACUAUAGGUUAUUAUGCAUCCAUAAGCAUCCACCCAUAAUUAGUACAUUAUCAGUUCAUGUUACUCCCACGAGACAUUGGAAGAUGACCACUAAAUCUAAUCUGUAAUCUGUAAUAUCCUGACAUCAUUUCAAAUUGGUCUGAUUCAUUGUAAUUUAUGAUAUUUUUAUUUAACCUUUAUUUAACUAGGCGAGUCAAUUAUCUGUCAUGUCGGUUUUUUUUUUUUUUUUUUUUUGGGGGGGUGGGGGGAAUGGAUCAGCUUAAUAUUGCAGAUAGAUUGUAUCUUCUAUCAAUGUAAUUGUCUGCAUCACUUCCAAUCCCCCAUGUUUUUAUAUAUAUAUAUAUAUACUCCCCUUUAUUACUUUUCAACCCCACCAUCCUUUCCCUACUUGGAGUAAAUUAGUGAACAACAAUGCCCAGGCCUCUACUUCCGGUCUAUACUUACUAUCUACACCUUAUGGACAGAGUUAAUUUUACAAUAAUUAUAUAUAUAUAUAUAUAUAUAUAUAUAUAUAUAUUUAUUUUUUUGCUCCUGAACUUCUUCUACUCUCAACCUCUCCGAUCAUUUUCAUGAUGUCCAUCCGGUUUGCUUCUAUAUGCCAUAUCUUUCUAACUGUGCUCUUUCCCAAAAGCUCCCAACAUACAACCUAUAUACUUAUUAUGGACACAGUAUGCUUACAUUAUUAGCUAUUAUCUGUCAUGUCUUUGUGUUUCGCUUUACAGUGUGACAAAUCCACAGCCCUCCACUUUGCCUGCACCCAGGGAGCAACCGAGGCCGUCAAACUGAUGCUAUCAGCAGAUGAUAGAGUCUGUGAUGUCAUCAAUAUCACAGAUGGAGCUUGCCAAACCCCACUGCAUAAGUAAGAUACUAUAGUGUACACCGUAUGCAUUUUCAUUGGACAAUAUUUUGGGGUACAAAUUAUAUCCUGCUUUCUUACUUUUUUAUCAUGUUUUUCACCAACAGGACAACAAUAUUUGACCAUGUGGAAUUGGCUGAAUACCUCAUUUCAAAGGUAAACAGAACAUGAAAAGAACCAGCUUAAAGAGAACAGCAUGAAUAUUUCCGGUGUUUCACAAUCUUAUCAUAUUCAUAUUUCUUCUUUGACAGGGCGCAGACAUUAACUCCAUUGACUGUAAGGGACAUACCCCACUGCUUUUGGCAACAAGUUGCAGUGCAUGGAAAACAGUGAGCCUUCUUCUUACACAUGGUAAGUUUCUCAAAGAAAGGCGUACAUUUAUGUCUCUCACAUUUAGUUGACACUAUUGUAUGGUUUGUCAUAAUCAUGUUCAUUAUCUCCUAUUUUAGAGGCUAAUUUGAAAAUAAAAGACAAACAUGGCUGCAAUUUCCUUCACCUUGCCAUCUUGCAGCCUAAAGGUCUGAAAAACCUUUCUCCAGAAUUCUUAAAGGUAAUAUUCUAUAAUUCAUCUACCUGACAGAACUUUUAAUAACAAUGAUGAAGCCUCCAAAAGGACCCUAAGGUCCAUGUACAUUUUUUUAAAGUCAUAAAUUCUCAAUAUUACAAAGAUGAGCUCAUAUUUGUUUUAUUCUUGUGGGGAUCUUGUAGGAAGAUGUAGUGCAUUAAUGCCACCUAGUGUAGAGAAGUUUAAACAAAUCCAACACUGUUAGGCUUUGUAUUGAAGAUAAAAUAAUGAGACCAUGUAUUUUCUUGUAACAUGUAGAAUCAAACAAUCACUAUUUACAAAUCAUUGUUCGAUCUAGAGGGCAGUUUACACUUUGUUUGUUAAACUCCUGAGAUGACAAAGUUCUCAUAUCGUCUGUUCCUACACAGUGCAGCAGUGUGAGAGAGCUCCUGGAUGCGGAGGACAAUGAGGGUUGUACUCCAAUGCACUAUGCCUGCAGACUGGGCAUCCCAGAGUCAGUGAAGAACAUGCUCAGACUGAAAGUCUCACUGGACCAGAAGUCUAAGCACAAGAAAUCUGCACUGCAUUUUGCAGCCGAGUGAGUUACUUCUGAAUAAAUUCAACCCUCUAAACCUUUAAUACAUGACUGACCAGUUGACUUAUCUUUAAAGCAGCAAUCAGCAGUAGAAACAAUAACAAAGCGUUCUCCCCAUCCCCUGAGGGAUGGGGCUGGAGGAAUGUAAUCGCUCUCAAAUUCAUAGACAGAGGUAUGGAUGCAAGGAUUGACCAUCUAUGAUAUCAAAAUUAUAGUUGUAACCAUGUAUAGUGUUUGUUUACAUUUUCUUUGUUUACAAACAUUGGAGUAAAACAAGCUUACAUUUUGGGUUCUGAUGGGGUACGACAGUUGAACUAAGCUCAUGAGGCAUUUAUAAGUUAUAUUCUUCAAGAAUCAAUGGCUACAUAUCAUUAAUUUAUAAGUCCAAAAAUGUAUGUAACAACUGCUGAUUGCCCCUUUAAGGCAAUAAAAGGCAAUUAUAUAUAUUAUGUUAUUUAUAUUAUAGAAUAUUUGUCUUUGAUAACUUUUUCAUGAGCAUUCUUUUCUAUUCCAGGUAUGGGAGGAUAAACACCUGCCACAGACUCCUGGAGAGCAUGACCAGCACCAGGCUGCUGAAUGAGGGAGAUGAGAGGGGGAUGACUCCCCUCCACCUGGCCUCCCGUGGCGGCCAUGUUAAAGUGGUGGACCUGCUGCUGCGGAAAGGAGCUCUGUUCCACAGGUACAGUACUUCAGACCUGCUACACACACACACACACACACACACACACACACACACACACACACACACACACACACACCAUUAUUACCCUCAAUUACACUACGGUCUGUUGAGUGAAAACCAGGGUCUCUAUCUUUUUACUACGUUUUCCAUUUUGAAUUAGCUGCAGUAGUAAUGAAUGUUUACUGUAUGCCAUUGCAGUGAUUAUAAAGGUUGGACAUGUCUACAUCACGCUGCAGCAGAGGGAUAUACCCAGACCAUGAUCAUACUCCUGGGAUCAAAUAUCAAACUGCUGGACAAAACAGAUGAAGACAGGGUUUGGUUUCUCUCAUUUUCCACAUUCCCUUACCCUGUCAUCCUGCUCUUUCUCCUGUUUCCUUUGCUUGAGGGAGUAUGAUGUCUAUGUUGAAAUACAGAGGAAGUCUUCCACAUAUAGAUAUCAUUCUUCUUUCUAAAAAAGUCAAUCUAAAGGUUAUUGUUGCAGUUAUAUACAAUCCUCUGUUCUAAUUUCAAAGUGCUAUGUUUUACUUUUGGUGCAGAACACAGCGUUACAUCUGGCUGCCAGGGAGGGCCAUGCGGCUGCAGUGACACUGCUCCUGGACAGGGGGGCCCAGAUAAUGCUCAACAAGAGUGAUGCCUCCUUCCUCCACGAAGCUGUUCUCAACGGCAGGAAAGACGCUGCCAUCGCUGUCAUCCACAAUGAGAGGUUGGUCCAGUGUUGUAAGAUACAGUGGAUACUUUAUCUCUUAACUACUUACAGUAUGUGCUGUUAUGAUGCUUUGACAGUACAGUGAUGUGUUUGAUGAUUGCUAUUCAGUUGGAUUGCAUGACAAUGUCAUGUUGACAUGUACAAUAUAACCUAUUUGUUUCAGAUGUGCAGAGGCUAUGCUAUUGUUCGAACUGAAGUCAACUAAGCGAUGCGUUGUCAUGGACAUGAUAGAGUUCCUGCCAGAGUCAUUCAAGGUUAGUUGUAUCCAACAAACUAUGCAUUAAGGAAACUAUCAUAAAGGAAAUGGAUACAAAACUCUCCCAUUUCCCAGUCAAUGGUGCAAUGUUUCUCCACAGCAUCUUUUGGACACUUGUAUGAAGGAGUCAGAUGAUGACAUAAAUAGUAACAACUACUCUGUAAGUCUGUUCUCUCUAUUCUGUAUCUGAUAUUACUUAUUUAAAACUCAGAUUCAUUAUUGCUUAAUCAAAUUCUAAAAAACUUUCCAGUUAGAGGAUGUGUUGUAAUGUAAUAUAAUGUAAUAAAAAAUGUUUUAUACAACAGAUCGAGUACACUUUCAGAUGGCUACAAGCUCCCAUGCAUGUCAUUAAGCUUGCAAAAGCAGACAAAAGCUACGACUUCCAGCCUCUCACUGCUCUGAACGUGAGUGCCCACUGUAAUACUGUAGACUGAACUUCACAGUUUUCAAACAUGGUAUUUUUCUCCAGAGUUAAGGGCAAUGAAGUUACCCCAACUAACAUUUUAAAACAAAACAGUGCAAUAUUAAGAACAGGUCAUUGGUGUACUUGUCAUUCUCACAACACAACAUUGCUGGAUAAAGGAAACAAAAACAUAAUUAUCUGAUAUGUUGUCAAAGUGUUUAUAUUGCUUUUUUACUAGUACAUGGUGAAAUUUAAUCGCAUAGAGCUUUUGACCCAUCCUGUCUGCAAGAAGUAUCUGGAAAUGAAAUGGUGAGUGACUGCUAGACUGCAUAUACCUGUAUAUUAUGCAUUAACGUUAUCAUCAUACUACUGUCUCCAACACUGUAAAUAUUGGCAACAUCAAAUUAAAGGUCAUGUAUGCCAAGCUACCGAAUAUAGUAGGUCAUAUACAAAAUAUAUUAAUGCAUAGUCACCUACGAAUACUCACCAAAUAGUUUAUUUUAUCUGUUUAGGAAUGCCUAUGGUAUAAAAGUGCACCUGCUCCAUCUGGCCUUCUACUCACUUGGUCUCUGUCCACUGACACACAUCAUUCAUACUCUGAAGCCUAUCCUCAACACCAAUGUCACCAAUACCACGACAUCAUCAUCAUCAUCAUCAUCAUCAUCAUCCGUUAGCAUUGUGACCACAUCAUUUGACAAGGUGCAGUUUGAGAUCUGAUUACAUCCACAACAAGAUAUUAGACUUAUUUUCAAGUGUAUGUCUUUGACUCACACACCCAGUUCAAUAAUAACUUCUCCAUCUUCACAGCAAUGCUACAUAAUCACCACAUGCAUGUUCUUGCUUCUUGCCAUGAGUCUGUGCGCAGUUGGCAAGGAGCUUGUGCAGAUAGUUCAGCAGGUAAUCAUGGAAAUCUAAAGCUGUUCUAAAUACAGUAGCCCUAAUCCAUGAUAUGUGAUUUAUCUGGUAGUGUGAUUUCAAAUAUAUUGUAGCAACGUUAACCCAACACCUGGCGACCUCAUCAAGGGGUUUGGAUCUUUUGGCGUAACGGCUAAGGUGUUGGGUUGACAGUUGCUGGACCGGGGUUUGAGUCCCAGUCAGUGCUACCACUUGGAAUUUGCUACAAUAUUGAAAAAUAAGUUCAUGUGAUUUGUUUCUAUUCAAGGGUUCAAAGUACUUCUGUGAUGUGACCAAUGCAUUGGACUGGGGUGCUGCCGUCAGUUCUCUGUUGUUUGUGAUCCCUUUCCUGAUGGACUCGAAGGACACAUGGCAUUGGGAGGCUGGUGUAGUGGCAGUUCUUCUAUCCUGGAUCAAUGUUCUCCUCUAUUUCCAACGGUAUGGAGACUGAAAGUUAUUUUUGCCAUAAAAUAGUGUAGGUUUACUGAGACCCAUCUUUGAAGAAACAUUUAUUUAUAUAAAUUGAUUAAAUACAUUUUUUGAUCAACAAAAGCAAUUUUAACAAAUACAAUUGCUCUUGGUCCACAGGUUUGAACGUGUUGGGAUCUACGUGGUGAUGUUUUUAGAGAUUGCAAAAACUCUUAUAAGCAUCAUUGUACUCUUUUUCUUCCUGCUGCUGGCAUUUGCCUUGGCCUUCUAUGCCCUGAUGCUAGACCAUGUAUGUUUACAGGACCAUAUAGAUAUAACAAUGUUUUAUCUCUAUGUGAAGAACAUUGUAUUGUGUCUGUGAAUUGUUUCUUCUGUGAAAAUCUGUUUAAAAUGGCAGAUAACUUGUAUUUGUAUAAUGCAUUCUUACAAUUACAUGACUUUAUGCAUUGUUAUUCCCAGAAACUUUUAGAAAAUAGAGCUAGCAUACUGCUAGUAAUCAUGCAAACAUUUGUCAUGAUGGUUGGAGAACUCAACUACCAAGAAAAUGUCCUGAAGCCAUUUCUGGGAGGGAUCCUGCCAUUCCCUUAUUUGACCUACAGCAUUUUUGUUAUGUUCACGUUUGCUGUGCCCAUUCUCCUCAUGAACCUAAUGGUAAGUCCUAAAACCCUACAUUAAGCCAUAUACCUAUACUCGCUUUAUAAACUACUGAUGCUUCAUUGCAACUACAUGACUACAUUUUGUGUGACAGAUUGGCUUGGCUGUUGGUGACAUAGCAGAGGUACAGGCGAAUGCUGAGCUGAAGCAAAUUGGAAUGCAGGUGUGUUAUACUUCUUUGUCGUCCUUUUUCAAACUCAUAAAGCAUUUUCAAAAUCUUUACUAGUGAUUGACUGCCAGGAUUUUAAAAUAAGGCAUACAGAGCCGUGAAAGAGUAUUUGCCCCCUUUCUGAUUUUCUCUAUUUUUGCAUAUUUUAUAGUGAAUGUUAUCAGAUCUUCAACCAAAACCUAAUAUUAGAAAAAGGGAACCUGAAUUUACAAAUAACAAAAAUUGAUACUUAUUUUAUUUAUUUAAUUAACAAAGUUAUGCAACACCCAAUUCCCCUGUGUGAAAAAGUAAUUGCCCUGUUACACUCAAUAACUGGUUGUGCCACCUUUAGCUGCAAUGACUGCAACCAAAUGCUUCCUGUAGUUGUUGAUCAGUCUCUCACAUCGCUGUGGAGGAAUUUUGACCCACUCUUGCAUGCAGAACUGCUUUAACUCAGCGACAUUUGUGGACUGCUCGUUUCAAGUCCUGCCACAAAAAUAGAGAAAAUCAGAAAGGGGCAAAUACUUUUUCACGGGACUGUAUAUUAUAAACCAUUAUUCAACAGAUUGAGCUUCACACUAGUCUGGAAGAGAAGAUGCCGUACUGGUUAAUGAAGAGGGUUGACCAGACCUCGCUCACAGAGUACCCUAACAGAGCCUGUGGCAGAAAGGUGUGUCCCUUCUACAAGUGGUCAUUUUUUUCAAGAAUAUGUUGCUAACUGUCAUUUGAAUGUUUGUAUAAAAUUGAAGGGCUUUCAAACUAAAGAACAUAAAUAUUUUGAGAUCUUCUCAAAGGACUUUAAAUUAUUUAAUACAGGACUUUCUUUAGUUUAUAUAUUGAUGAUCUAUAUAUAUCAUUUUUGAAUCACUUAGUUUAAAGGAUUGUUUAAUUAACUAAUAUUCCACAUGGAGACAUGGAGGUUGUCCAAGCCCAUCAUAAGACACUGUUAGUAUUUGUUAUGGGAGGUGCUUGGUAAACGACAUAGUCAUGAAUAGUUUGAAUCUCCUUUAACAGAGAGAAAUGUUAUUUUCAAUGCUGGAUAUGGCGCAUGAGAGAACCACUCUCAACCUCACCUCCCAUCCAUCUACACCUAUGGAACAGGAAAUCAGUAAACAGAAGUACAGGUAAGGACUUAGUUCACACCAGUUGUUUGUUUGACCUUAUUUAAAUACAAUAGCAGAGCAAUACACUACAAGUAUUAACAUUAAUUUGUUUAUCUGUAUUUAAGUAUAAAAAAAUGUAUGAGUAUUAUUUAAAUGUUUUAUUAAGCACUUCAAUUCUACACUCUUUUUGAGACUAUUCAAAUAGAUAAUCUAUUCAUUCUCUAGGUUGAAGGAAAUGUCUAAUAUUAUUGAGAAGCAGCACAACCUUCUGAAGCUGAUCGUUCAGAAGAUGGACAUCAGUUUGGAGGCGGAAGAGGACGACGGUCCUCAGCUGUUCCAGGACUACAGGGACAAGCACCUCCCCUGCCAGAGCAAAUGGAACCCUCUGCUGAGGGCACUGGCAGCCAGGAAGUAA